UGCUGAUUGUGUUAGUAGCACUCAACAAUGACUGCUCUUGUAAUCUCAAAUAUGCCCGUGAUUGUUCCGAUAACUAUCCUUACUGACAAGUUUGAAUUUUUAAAUAGGCUCUAAACAGAACGUUAUUCCACUUCUGUCUAAAUUUUCUACUUUAUUCACAAUCCAGAAUCUUCUGGUGAAGAAUAUAUGUAAUUUUGAUCUUUUCAAACAUUCAAUAUAAAGUAUUGCAUUUAAAAAAACUAUAUCAUAUGCACAGAAAUAAAAGUGAUCAGUAUUCAGUUUGAGUGUAAAAAAUGUUUGAUGUGCAAUACGUAUUUAUAUUAGAAUUUUAUUGAAAUGAGAUCUAUAUUCUGAAUUUUAUCAGUGUACUUUAUGUAUUCAUUUUCCUAAUACAAAAUGUUAGGCACUAGAACGUUUUCGUAUAAGAAAUAUUUAGCUGAAGCUGGUAUAGCACUAGUAUGUGUGUUUAUAUUUUGUGAAUAUUUGGUAUAUUAUUGUGUGCUUAUUCAGUGUGCAUGGCCUAUGUUGGAUCCACAUAAAGUUGAUGUUACAAUUACUCCAACAAAGUCAGAUGAAAUUCCUGUACAUGCAAUGUUUUUAGCAGACACUCAUUUAUUAGGUUCUAAGAAUGGACAUUGGUUUGAUAAAUUAAAAAGAGAAUGGCAAAUGUAUAGAGCAUUUCAAACUAUGGUUACAAUUCAUAAACCAGAUAUCAUUUUUAUAUUAGGUGAUUUAUUUGAUGAAGGACAAUGGAGCAGUUCCACAGAAUUUUAUCAGUAUAUAGAAAGAUUUCAUUCAUUAUUUUCAGUACCUAAAAACACCUAUCUUUAUGUUGUUGCUGGAAAUCAUGACAUUGGAUUUCAUUAUGCAAUUACACCAUACUUGAAUCAACGAUUUGUGAAUGGUUUAAAAUCACCAAGUGUAAAAAGAAUUAGUAUAAGGGGAAAUCACUUUGUUUUAAUUAAUAGUAUGGCACUAGAAGGAGAUGGAUGUUUUUUGUGUCGUCCUACAGAAAUUGCAUUAAACAAAAUUGCUGCACACUUAAAAUGUGCAAAAGGUGUGGGAAAUAAUUGUGACAAUGAUAAUACAAUUUCAAGAUAUAGUAGACCAAUUAUUUUACAGCACUAUCCAAUGUAUAGAGAAUCCGAUGAAGUCUGUAAUGAACUUGAUGAAGCACCAGAAGAAGUAAAAAGUAUUAAGUUUAGAGAAAGAUGGGAGUGUUUAUCAAAAGAAGCAUCUGAACAAUUAUUGGAUAUAUUGAAUCCGAGAUUGAUUAUUAAUGGACACACUCACCAUGGUUGUAGAAGAAUGCACAGACAGGAUACAAUGGAAUUCACGAUACCAUCAUUUAGUUGGCGUAACAAAGAUAAUCCAUCGCUCUUACUAGGUGUAUUUACUCCCAAUAAUUAUUCUGUAUCAAAAUGUUAUAUGCCCAUGGAAUCUACCGAAAUUAAAAUUUAUAUCAUCAGUAUAGUAUACCUUUUUAUAUAUUUUAUUAUAAAAUGUAAAAUAAGACAAAGUCGAUAUUAUUUCCUGAAAUUUCACUGAAAAUAUUUAAGUAGUAUAUAGAAAUAGAAAUCCUAAAUUAUUGACAGAUCUGUAUGUAUAUAUAUAAUAUAACAGUUUAAAUUUC